UGCUGCGAAAUCGAGGGCGACCUUGUCCCAAGUGGGCGCCAGCGUCUUACAGUGUCCGCCUGUCCCACGCCAGAGAGAGCCUGUGAGCCUUCUGAGCGAUGGAAGAUCGUCGUGACCGACACCAGGGAGCGAAGAAAGCGGCGAGGGUGCCCUUUGAGCCUGCACCGAUGACAGAGUCAAAGUUCUUGGCGUCUAGCUUCUUGCUGAUCUUGCAGGCUUCGAGACCUGCCAGUGCGGGUGUGCAAGCAGCCAAGAGGGCUGCAAGGAUGCAAGCUGUUCUCAUCCUGUCUGGCGUCCCUGAGGCUCGACCGGUGCUGACCAAACUGGCUGGUGAGCGAGACACGCGACACUGUCGAGGGCAGCGCCAGCGGUGACAAGCUUUGCUCGACGGUCUGCACAGGAUGGUCAUCAUCAGCGAAGUCAGGGACCCGCAGCAGGGCGGGAGACCGCUCACAGAAGAACAGAGCGACGACGAGGGCUCUUUCGUGACAGAGGAGGACGACCUGUCUGAUCGUUCGGAUGCAGACUUUACGUUCCAGCAGGCCAACGGGAGGAGCCUGGAGAAGAAGCAGGCACGAUUUGCACAGGAUGACUUGCUCGACGACGGAGACGAGGACGAUGUGGACAGUAUCGUCCCGUGGUCAAAAGAGGACGAGACGCUGGGCGAUAGGAUCUAUGCGCUCAAGGGGAUCGUACCGCCCGAGACGAGAAAGAGCAUCAUGUCGACCUGGACAAAGACGACCGGUAUCGCUUUCACCGGUGGCAGAUGGGCAGGCAAUGCUCUCUGGAUCAUCACGACGAGCGCCGUACUCGUCGGACUGCCACUCGCCUUGUCGAUCGAGGCAGAGAGCAUGUACGUCCAGCAAGAGAAGGAGUACCAACUCAUGCAGCAAGGUGGAUCUCAGUUGCUUGCGCCGGGCACCACAUACGGUGCCCCUGCCGCCGGUCAGCCUGCCGCAGCCAAGGGCCUCGUUCCACCUGGAUUCUGAGCCCUCACGCCGACGGAUACAAGUGUACUCCCUGUGC